AGGUGAGUGACACAGACCUGGGGUCAAAUGUCACACUUUCCUCUUCAGCCAUUCGUCAUCUCAAAGGAGCAGGUGAAAUUAUCCUGUCUGUAGGUGAACUGGCCAACCUGAGCUGGCUCCAGGAAAUACCCUGAGCCCAAUUCCAGAGAUCCGAUUCACAGGAGGCUCAGAUCUUCAGGUAAAUCUCCUGGAAGUCCAGGAACAGGAAAGACUAGUGAGUUCCUGAAGGGUUUGGUUUGUCAGGUGGCUGAUGAACCUUGAUGAACCUUGAUGAACCCAGCGGUUCCUCAGGGACUUUGGGGGGAUUUGUCAGGGGGUUCAUCAGGUGUUCAUGAGGGUCCCUGGUGUACUUGAAUUUGAGGAACCUUGGAGGUUCCUCCAUGGUGCCUCAGGAGGGAGUAUAGAGGUCCUGGGUUGGAACCCCAGCCUGGGGCUUUUCUGCAUGGAGGUAGUACAACUAGAGCCUGGAACAGAAUUAACAGCCUCUGACCUGAAACACAAACCAGAGCCGGAACCAGAACCUCCAGGAAUACAAAUCAGUAAUCCUAAACCUCAACAGGUGAAAGUCCGCCAGGUGAGAGCACAAAACAUUCAACCCGAAACCGAACCUCCCUGGGCUGCUGAGACAGAACCAGGACUAGUAAUCCACACUGGGUCAGACUAGAACCAAAGAGCUCCUGUUUGGGUCGUUAAAAUCACAGCAGAAUAACAUGAGUCCAAGGGAUCAGAACCGGGCCAGAACCUUCGCAGGAUGGCGCUGUUUUCCGCAGCUGCAGGAACGUUCCUCCUUCUGCUGCUCACAGCCGGAGCUCUUAGAGCGGAGCACCAGCAGCACACUUCCGGCAGCUGAACGCAGACCACGACGAAGAAGAUGAGCACCAGACAGGUGACCUGCAGGUAUUUCCUCCAUGGAGUCUGCAGGGAGGGCAGCAACUGCCUGUUCUCUCAUGACCUGAACAACAGCAAACCCUCCACCAUCUGCAAGUACUACCAGAGGGGAACCUGCGCCUACGGGGAGCGCUGCAGGUAUGAUCAUGUGAAACAUUCAAUGAGAGGAGCAGGCGGCGGAGCUUCAGCGGACCCAGCAGGUGCAGGCAGAGGGGUCAGAGGUGAAGGGAAGAAGCCUUUGGUCCUGAAGGACAGAGCACUGUGCGGCGACCGGACCUUUGGCGGCCUGACAGACGGUCCGACCCCGGCGGUCCCGGAGGCGGCGGCCGCUCCGCAGUCCUAUGUGGAAGCCAUCAGAACCGGGCUGGACGGGUCGGCUCCAGAACCAGAGCCACACGCGGUGGGCGGAGCCUAUCAGCUUUGUCCAUAUGCCGCCAGGGGACACUGUUUCUAUGGCGACAGCUGCCCGUAUCUCCAUGGCGACCUGUGUGAGGUGUGUCGGUUACAAGUUCUCCACCCCCACGACCCGGAGCAGAGGAGCGCGCACGAGAAGGUGUGCUUGCUGGCCUUCGAGGCCGACAUGGAGAAGGCGUUCGCCGCCCAGCUGAGCCAGAACAAGGUGUGCUCCAUCUGCAUGGAGGUGGUGGUCCAGAAGGCGGCGCCGUCGGAGCGGCGGUUCGGCAUCCUGUCCUCCUGCUGCCACACCUUCUGCCUCAGCUGCAUCCGCCAGUGGCGUGGAACCAGCAACUUCUGCAACAAGAUCAUCAAGUCCUGUCCGGAGUGUCGGAUCAUCUCGGAGUUCGUCAUCCCAUCUGUCUAUUGGGUCGAGGACCAGGAAGAGAAGGAUCAGCUGAUCGAGCUCUUCAAGUCGGGCGUGAGUAAGAAGGCCUGUAAAUACUUCGACCAGGGCCGCGGCUCCUGUCCCUUUGGGGGAAACUGCCUGUACCUCCACGCCUACCCGGACGGAACCCGACCGGAACCGGACCGGCCCCGGAAGCAGCUGAGCUCCGAGGGAAACGUCCGGUUCAUGAACAGGGUCCGGCUCUGGGACUUCAUCGAGGAGCGCGAGCAGCGCGCCGCGCCGCCGCUGGAUGAUGACAUCACUGAGCUGCGCCAGCUCUUCAUGCAGAUGUCGGGUCCAAGCGCAGAGGAAGCCGAAGCACCGCCCAACCCCGGGGAGUAGGCGCCUGCCGUCUCCAUGGCAACCGGCAGCCAUGUUGGUCCUGACUGGAGGCUGAUGAGGCGAAUAUUUAUUUCUGAUGUAUAAAGUAAAUAGAGACGGUUUAAAACUGAA